AUGUCUUCAGGAUAUCUCAAAGUCAGGGGCAACGAGAUUGUUGACCAAAAUGGGAAUGCAGUCGUCUUGCGAGGAACCUCACUGGGAGGAUGGCUCAACAUGGAAAACUUUCUGACGGGCUAUCCGGGCACCGAAUCCUUCACUCGAGCUGCGAUGCUGGAGGUCAUGGGCAAGGAGAAGUACGACUUCUUCUUCGACCGCUUCCUCUACCACUUCUUUACCGAGGACGAUGCAAAGUUCCUCCAAAGUUUCGGAUUGAACUCGCUCCGUCUCCCAUUCUCGUAUAAACACUUUGAGGAUGACAUGAACCCACGACAGUUGAAGGAGGAGGGAUUCAAGCACCUUGACCGGGUCAUUGACCUCUGCUCUUCGCAUGGCAUUUAUACCAUUCUCGAUAUGCAUACCGUGCCUGGGUGCCAGAAUCAGGACUGGCAUUCGGACAACCAUACCUCCUAUGCUGCCUUCUGGGACUUCAAAGACCACCAAGAUAGGACGGUAUGGCUAUGGGAAGCCUUGGCGCGACGGUAUAAGGACAAUCCCUGGGUUGCUGGAUUCAACCUGUUGAACGAACCAGCCGAUCCUGAACAGACUCGAGUGGCAGAGUUCUAUGGCAGACUGGAAAGGGCCAUUCGAGCCAUCGACCCGAACCACAUUCUCUUCCUCGAUGGAAAUACGUACGCCAUGGAGUGGAAGGGGUUCAAGGAUAUCCUCCCAAACUCGAUCUACGCCGUUCACGACUACAGCAUGAUGGGGUUUCCCUCUGGACCCCGAUACAAGGGAACUGCUGAGCAAAAGGCCAAGCUGAAACAACAAUUCUCAAGAAAGAUCGAGUUCCACCGCUCGCACAACGUUCCCAUCUGGAAUGGAGAGUUUGGCGCUGUGUACGAAACUGAGGGACCUGGGGCGGAUGAGAAGAACCAGGAGCGGUAUCAACUCUUGGGCGAGCAACUUCGCGUCUACGAAGAAGCUCGUAUCUCGUGGGCAAUUUGGACCUACAAGGGCUCUGGAAUCAUGGACAUGAUCCAUACUUCGCCAGAGUCUCCCUGGGGUAAGCUCACCAAGUCGUUCAUGGAACGAAAGAAGCAUCUGCAAGUUGAUAGUAUGACUGGCUCUCCGUCAGAGGAAGUCGACAGCCUCAUCGACCCGCUGGUUGCGUGGAUCGACAAGGUCUCGCCUUCAGCGACCAAGACGUACCCUUCAAACUGGAACACCAGAACCCAUGUCAUUCGGAACAUCUUUCACACUUUCUUAGCGUCUUCUCUGUGUGGAGAGUUUGCGGAGUUGUUUAGGGGCAAGAGUGAGCAGGAGCUAGAGGAGUUGGCACAGAGCUUUUCGUUCAAGAGUUGUGUUCAUCGGGAGGGACUAAACACGGUUCUAAGCAACUGGGUAGUGUAA